UAUAAUGAAUACUCUUGUAAUCCAAAUUUAGACUUGUAGGCCUAUUUUUACAUUUUGAUCUCUUUAACAAAAAUGGAUACCGAGAACAAUGAAGAUGGUUUUCGAAUAAUGGAAGAUAAAGGAAGCGAUUUGGACCUUUCAAGGCUUUCUUCCGAAGUCAAGAGUCACCUAAGCUCUACAAAAGUGGCUGCCAUUUUACGCAGUGGCAAGUCCAUAGAUAUCCUUAUUUGUGGUAAAACUGGCGGUGGAAAAUCAACUCUAAUAAACGGAUUAAUGGGAGUCAAACUUAUGGAAAAAGAGGCUGCUAAGGAAGGUGACAGUUUAACUCACUGCACCACUCGAGUGGAUGAGUACAAAACGAUCAAGGAUAAAAUUACUGUUACUGUGUGGGACACUCCUGGUUUACUGGAUGGCACGGACAAGCAAGACGAUUAUUUGAGGGAAAUUGAAGACAAAUGUCCUCCCAUACACCUCAAAUUAUUUUGUAUAAGUUGCAGCCAAACACGAUUUGUUUCUGGACCAAAUAAUGCUGAUAAUGGUGAUUUCUUGGUCAUGAAGAAGUUCACUGAAGCCUUUGGAAUGGAAUUUUGGAAAAAUACCGUUAUUGUCCUUACUAUGGCAAAUACGGUAGAAGCCUUCAAACCCAAAUGGAAAUAUUUGGCACCAUCCGACAAACAACAAGAAUUCACGCAAUACAUCAAUGAAUUCAGGUCAAAAAUUCGUUCUAUCCUUGAAGACGAUAUCAAACUUGAUAAAGACAUUGUUACAAAGAUGAAAAUUGUUCCUGCUGGUCACUAUGAUGAUAGAAAGCUUCCUGGUCGUGAUUACUGGCUCUCUGACUUUUACUUUGAAUGUCUGGACGCCAUUCCCUCACCAGAAGCCAAAGGAGCUCUCCUCAAUUUAAGCCUAGACCGGUUCAAGAUGAAAAGUGAGGUGGUCGACAGUAACUUCAAAGAAGAUGCUGAAAUGCAACCGAUUGUUGUUGAUGUGGAGAAUGGUUUUGUUAUAAUUUCCGAAACGAUUGAAAACUGUUCAAUACCAGUUGGGUCUGCAGCUCCUAACGAUCAGCCUACUGAAGGUGGCAUAGGCACCAAAGGAGCAGCUGGUAUCGGUAGUGGUGUGGGGGGUGUGGUUGGGGCUGGGCUUGGGUUUAUCGGUCUUCUUGGUGGCCCACUCGCCUUUUUUACGGUUCCGGCUGGAGCAGCUGUUGGUACUGCAUUGGGAGCUGGCCUGGGGUACGUCACAAAGAAAAUUAUCGGCUCAAGUGAACCGUCAGCCAGCAACGAGUCUAAAACUGAGAAAAAUUGACAUUAAUUAGCUAGCUCUAUUUAUUAUAUACUCACAAAACUUUGUAGGAUCCAAAAUGUUUACAGAAUGAUAUUUUCUUAGUUUGUUGUUAACUCAGUAUUUCUUUUGAGAUUAAAACUUGGUAAAUAUAAUGUG